AUGGCGGGUGCCGGCGCCGGUGGUAUGGUCGGUAUUGAACUGACUGAUUUCGUCUUUAUUUUAAAUUCUGAGGAAGCGGUGAGGUCAUUUUCUGAGUUCGGUACAAUCACUCUAGGUGGUAAUGUAUCAGUUUCCGCAGGUCCUCUUGGUAGAAGUGCGGAAGCAGCAGCAUCAGCAUCUACAGGUGGUGUCUCGGCUGUUUUCGCCUAUUCCAAGAGCAAAGGGUUAUUCGCAGGUGUUUCUGUGGAAGGUUCAGCCAUCUUAGAGAGGAGGGAAGCUAACAGAAAGUUCUAUGGUGAUGACUGUACUUCAAAGAUGAUUUUGUCAGGUAGAGUAAGGGUUCCGCCAGCAGCAGAUCCAUUGCUUCAUAUUCUAGAAUCAAGAGCGUUUAAUUUUACAGGUCCCGGUCAUGAUGAUGAUGCUGACGAAUUUUACGAUGACGACCAAAACAGCGAUGAAAACAGCCGUUACUAUGAUGACAUUCCAGACUCCUUUGAUUCUGCUGAUGAAUCCUCAACACGCCCAAACACAAAAUCGUCAAGAAGAGGAAUAUCACAAGGAUCUCGCAGUCGUUAUGAAGAUCCGGUUUAUGAUGACGAAUCUGACAGUGCCGAUGACGAGCGUGACUACGGAAGGUCUCCCGAUAAGAGUGCUAGCCACAAUAUAGGCCCGCAUGUAGAUAGAGGCACUAAACCGCGCACUAAUACUCGAUGGGAAGAUGAUUUGUAUGACAGAGCUUCUGGGUAUGCCAGUAAAGAAUAUGACAACGCUCGAGGAAAUACACGUAGCUAUGGUAGAGAAAGAGGCUAUAGCCAAAGACAUGGCCAAGACUAUUCCAGCGGCGAUAACAAUGCCGAUAAUUCAUCGCAUAAAAUGUCUAAAAUUGACAUUGACAAUAAUCAUUCUAGGGCGAAGUCGCCAACAUCUCUUCACUCGACUUCACAAACAGCUGUUGCUCUGUAUAACUUUGCAGGAGAACAAUCUGGCGAUCUAGCUUUCAAGAAAGGUGACGUUAUAACCAUCUUGAAGAAAUCAGAUUCCCAGAAUGAUUGGUGGACGGGAAGAGUCAAUGGCAAAGAAGGUAUUUUUCCUGCCAAUUAUGUUCGAGUUUCUUAG